AUGAGCGAGUCGGGCUACGCGUUGCCCUACGUACUCCAUACAAAGUGCUCUGGCCGGAUUAGCAAUCAACCUCCAGCCAACCCGAAGGCGGGAAAACGGCUAGAGCGACGACGUCGUGGAGCCCCUAGCAAUGGUACGACCGACUACUCGAAUUUCGUCACUGUCAGAGCAAAUUCUGAUGCAUUCGUACGAGUAUUUUCGCCCAUCGGCAAAGACUCGGACAACAUGGGAACUUGCACCUGCACGCCAAUCGUACCAGAGUACCGACGACGGGCAUUCGCUGGAGUCGGAUGCACCCCCACCAUCCACAUUCAGUACCACCACCCAUCCACCACCGCUGCCACUGAGAGUACCACCACCACCACCACAACUCCGCCAAGCAGUGUGCACAACUUGUGCCGUGCUCGUGCUCGUCCGGCCACCCGUGAUGCCGACGAGGCGGCCCUUCACCGUUCGACGGGGACGGUCCCGCCACGCAACGUCCUCGUCGAUCCGCACGAGCCCGCCGAGCUCGCCGCGAAGCUCAAGUUCAUCCUGCCGGACAAAGGCCGAGGCAAGGACGGCCUCCUCGACGCCAUCCGGCGGGUGCUCAGGUACAGCGUCAACACCUGGGACCAAGGCUUCCUGGACAAGCUGUACGCCAGCAACACCCCUGUCGGCGUCAUCUCCGACCUCGUCCUCUCCGUCCUGAAUACAAACCUGCACGUCUUUCAAGUCUCGCCCGCCUUGACCGUCAUCGAGAAGACGACCGGUCGGGCGCUGGCCAAUCGCUUCGGCUUCACGGGGCCCCGGGCCGGCGGCGUCACCUGCCAGGGCGGCAGCUCGUCCAACCUCACCUCCCUCGUCGUCGCCCGAAACACGCUGUACCCCGACUGCAAGCCGGCCGGCAACGGGGCCCGCGACUUUGUCGUCUUCACGAGCGCCCACGGCCACUACUCGGUCGAGAAGAGCGCCAUGAUCUGCGGCUUGGGCGAGGCCAGCGUCUGGAAGGUGCCCGUCGACGGCGGCGGAGCCAUGAGGCCCGACCGGCUUCGGGAGCUCGCCGCCCGCGCCCGGGAGCUGGGCAAGACGCCGCUCUACGUCAACUCGACGGCCGGUUCGACCGUCAGGGGCUCCUUCGAUGCCUUUGACGAGAUUGCCGCCGUCUGCGACGAGUACGGCAUGUGGAUGCACAUCGAUGCCAGCUGGGGCGGACCCGUCGUCUUUUCCGCCCAGCAGAGGUCGAAGCUCCGCGGCUCUCACCUUGCCGACUCCAUCACCAUCAACCCGCACAAGAUGAUGAACGCGCCGACCACCUGUUCCUUCCUGCUUGGACCCGACAUGGGCAUAUUCAACAAGGCAAACAGCACCAGCGCCGGCUACCUCUUCCACGAAACCGCCGACGACGAGGUUUGGGACCUCGCCGACCUCACCCUUCAGUGCGGCCGCCGCGGCGACAGCCUCAAGGUCGCCCUCGCGUGGCUCUACUACGGCGCCGACGGCUUCGAGCGACAGAUUGAUCACGCCUUCGCCAUGGCCCAUCAUCUGCACAGCCUGAUCCAGCAAACGGGCAACUUUGUCAUGCUGUCCGAGGAUCCCCCGCCCUGUCUGCAGGUUUGCUUCUACCAUGCCCCCGGCGGGAAGCUCUCCGACGACGCCGCGGCCAACACGAAGAUUACGCAGGCCAUUGUGGAGAGGCUCAUCCGGCGAGGCUUCAUGGUUGACUAUGCCCCCGGCGACAAGGGUAGCUUCCUUCGGGUUGUGGUAAAUACCCAGACGCUGCCGACGACGGUCGAGGGGCUCACCAGGGCGAUUGAGGAGGUGGCCAAGGAAGAGACAUGA